CCGUUCAUCAAACCGAGUCUUCUUUUGGCAAGACUACCAAGUACAAAUCUACUGUUAGUGCUUCUCUGUCUCUCUCCUCCGAUCCAUGCAAGAACAGUCCAGCUGUUCCUGCCUCUCUCUCUCUCUCUCUCUCUCUUGCUUGAAGCGAUGACGGAUCCUCAAAACCUUAUCUAAGGCAUGGAAAACACUCUGUAAAUACACAAACACAUUGAUAUAGAUGUUUGUAUCUAUAUACAAGAUCAAUUUUCUUGCUUGAAAUCGAGUAGUGGUGUUACUGUUACGGUGGUUCAUAGAGAAAUGAAAUUGUGAGACUAGGGUUUUUGUUUUAUCAGUGAUGGCGUCGGAGGUGACUCACAGUUGGAGAGAUUCUUACAAGGGAAUGUCCUCUGACAACAUCAAGGGUUUGGUUUUGGCGUUGUCUUCAAGCGUCUUCAUUGGUGCUAGCUUCAUUGUUAAGAAAAAGGGUUUAAAGAAAGCCGGGGCGUCUGGAGUUAGGGCAGGAGUUGGAGGAUAUUCAUACUUAUAUGAGCCGCUGUGGUGGGCGGGCAUGAUAACAAUGAUUGUUGGGGAGAUUGCUAAUUUUGCAGCUUAUGCAUUUGCACCAGCUAUUCUGGUCACUCCUCUUGGAGCACUCAGCAUUAUUAUCAGUGCUGUACUUGCGCAUAUCAUUUUACGAGAGAGGCUACAUAUCUUUGGAAUUCUUGGGUGUGCACUUUGUGUUGUGGGUUCCACCACCAUUGUUCUACAUGCCCCUCAAGAACGUGAAAUUGAAUCUGUGACAGAAGUGUGGGAUCUUGCUACUGAGCCAGCUUUUCUAUUUUAUGCAGCAGUUGUGAUAACAACUGUCUUCAUACUUAUAUUCAACUAUAUCCCACAAUACGGCCAGACACAUAUAAUGUGUUACAUUGGAGUUUGCUCGCUGGUUGGUUCUUUGUCGGUCAUGAGUGUCAAAGCACUUGGAAUUGCUUUGAAGCUAACAUUGUCGGGAAUGAACCAGCUAAUAUAUCCCCAAACAUGGGCCUUUGCCAUGGUGCUUUCGGGAUUAUUGGUAACAGAAGCUGCUGUUCUGAAUUUGGGGAGUGUCUACACUCCUGUCAAGGGCAUUGCCCUUGACACAUUCAACACAGCUGUUGUAUCUCCCAUAUACUAUGUUAUGUUUACAUCUUUGACAAUCUUGGCUAGUGUGAUCAUGUUUAAGGACUGGGAUAGGCAGAAUCCAACCCAGAUUGUCACAGAAAUGUGUGGGUUUGUGACAAUCCUUUCUGGAACCUUCCUUCUUCACAAAACAAAAGACAUGGCUGAUGGUUCCAUGUCUCCAUCCAUGCGACUUCUCAAGCAGAUGGACGAGGAAGAUGGUUUUGGUCAAGAAGGCAUUCCUCUUAAGCGGACGGAUUCUUUGAGAUUGUCCUCCAAAUUAUGGUUCCAUGAUUCGCAUUCUUCACUGUUCACAAAGCGAAACUGUCCCCUACCCACACACUACACUCUUUCGAAAACUUCUGGGUUCUACUCUGUUCGUGAGUACAAGAGCAGGAGAUUCAGAAGAAGUAGCAAUGACAAAGACGAGACCAGCUUCUUCAUCCUCAACGCACCACCUGUUGUUGUUGCCUAUGAAUGA